UCUUGUCUUGAUGUUUACUAUAACAUGGCUAUAACAUGGCCAUGGCAUAUAGAUCCAGACCAGCUUAGAAUCAAUGGACUUGGUUGUGGCCUUAUUCGUCCUAGGCAUCAGUUGGAUCACAAUAUUGAUCCUGGCUGGGAGAAUUCAAUCGUCGCAACGGCGGCUCCCUCCAGGUCCAUUCUCUUUCCCCAUUUUUGGAGCGCUGUUCUCCCUCCAGCAUCCACUCCACCACUACUUCGCAAAAAUUAGCAAGAAGUAUGGGCCAAUUGUCUACCUCAAGAUCGGAAUGGUCCCAUAUGUGGUGGUGAAUAACAACGAAAUGGCAGUUCAGGUUCUUAAGGUCCACGACCUCGAGUUUGCAAGCCGGCCGGCCGAGGAGUUCUUCCGGAUUGUCAGCCACAACUGGAACGAUCUCAUCCUAGCGCCCAUCAGUGAUAAGUGGAAGAGAAUGAGGAAGAUUUGCAGCACACACCUGUUUAGCAACAGUAUGCUGAAUGCAAGCUCAGGAUUUCGGGAGUCAGAGAUGAAGAAUACAGUCAAGACCAUUUUCCAGCAAUCGGGGACAACAAUUAACCUGCAAGAGGUUUUCGGUAAACUCUUGUCAAAUUCGUUAUGCCUGGUUCUUUUUAGCGAGCGGAGGCCGGAAGUGGUGGAUCUCAUUCGGAACAUAACCUCUCUAAGCUUGCAGUUGAACAUUGGAGCCCUGCUUCCAGCACUUGACGGGCUGGAUCUCCAUGGAGUCUACAAGAAACUCAACAAGGAGCUCAUUCCUCGCCUGAAGCUCUUGCUGGAAGAUCAAAUCGACAAGCACCGACGAAGGAAAGAUGAAGCUGGGGACAGGUUCAUUCCUGGAGACUUCACCGACGUUCUUAUAUCUCUGAAUGACAAAGAUAAUUUGUCCAACCUUUCCAUUUUGGCACUGCUCUCAGACAUGGUUAUUGCGGGGAUGCAAACUUCACUAGUGACACUUGAGUGGACAAUGGCGGAGCUCAUAAACCAUCCGCGGGUCAUGUCCAAGGCCCAAGACGAGAUCGACAGCGUUGUGGGGAGAGCUCGGGUGGUGCAUGAGUCUGAUCUUCCAAGCCUUCCAUACAUCGAAGCCAUUUUCAAGGAAUCACUGCGUCUCCACCCUGCGGCCCCACUGGGAGUUCCUCACAUGAAUCCCAAGCCUGUCAAGCUGGGAGGCUACACCAUCCCUAGCGGCUGCAAGGUUCUCGUCAACAUAUGGGCCAUUGGACGUGAUCCCGCUCGCUGGUCCGACCCAGAAGCGUUCCAGCCGGAGCGCUUUCUCGGCUCUUCCAUCUCUCCCAACGGGCAGAACUUAGAUUUCCUUCCAUUCUCAUCGGGGAGGAGAGUUUGUGUUGGCUAUCCACUCGCGAUGAGAUCCAUCCCAUUUUUCAUGGCUAGUUUGCUCCAGGCAUUCGAUUGGAGUCCUGCUAACCCGGGCGGGAUCGACAUGGAAGAGCGCUCGAGAAGUAUGACGAUGAAGCUCAAAGCCGACUUGCUUGUCAAUGCGUCUAUGAGGCUCGAAUGUCAAAAUAUAUUAUAAAAGUUAAACUUU